GCCGCUGUGCCCCGCGCCCACUGGCCGCUCAGGCGGAGUCAGCGCGCGCUCCGCCCGCCGCGCUCCGGGCUCGGAGCUCCGCACCCUGGGCUCGCCGCCUCCGCGCCCCGCGCCCCGCACCCGGCGCCCCGGCGGGCGCAACGCACCAUGCCGCAGCUGGACUCGGGCGGGGGCGGUGCGGGUGCUGGCGACGACCUCGGCGCGCCCGACGAGCUGUUGGCCUUCCAAGACGAAGGCGAGGAACAGGACGACAAGAGCCGCGACAGCGCCGCGGGCCCCGAGAGGGACCUGGCCGAGCUCAAGUCCUCACUGGUGAAUGAGUCCGAGGGCGCGGCCGCAGGCGCCGGGGUCCCGGGUCCCGGCGUCCGGGUGCACGGAGAGGCCGAGGGAGCCCCCGAGGCCCUGGGACGAGAGCACACUUCGCAGAGACUUUUCCCGGACAAACUUGCAGAGUCCCUAGAGGACGGCCUGAAGGCCCCGGAGUGUGCCAGCGGCAUGUACAAAGAGACUGUCUACUCUGCCUUCAAUCUGCUCAUGCACUACCCACCGGCCUCCGGAGCAGGGCAGCACCCCCAGUCUCAACCCCCGCUGCAUAACAAGGCUGGCCAGCCCCCACAUGGCGUCCCCCAACUUUCUCCACUCUACGAACAUUUCAGCAGUCCACACCCCAACCCUGCACCUGCGGACAUCAGCCAGAAGCAAGGAGUUCACAGGCCGCUGCAGACCCCUGAUCUCUCUGGAUUUUACUCUCUGACCUCAGGCAGCAUGGGACAGCUCCCCCACACUGUGAGCUGGCCCAGCCCUCCUCUCUACCCCUUGUCCCCUUCCUGCGGAUAUAGACAGCACUUCCCUGCCCCCACUGCAGCCCCUGGCGCCCCCUAUCCCAGGUUCACCCACCCGUCCUUGAUGCUGGGAUCUGGUGUACCUGGACACCCAGCAGCCAUCCCUCAUCCGGCCAUUGUACCCUCCUCAGGGAAGCAGGAGCUGCAGCCAUAUGACCGAAGCCUGAAAACACAAGCAGAACCCAAGGCAGAGAAGGAGGCUAAGAAGCCAACUAUCAAAAAACCCCUCAAUGCUUUCAUGCUUUACAUGAAGGAGAUGAGAGCCAAGGUCAUUGCAGAGUGUACACUCAAGGAAAGCGCUGCCAUCAACCAGAUCCUGGGUCGCAGGUGGCAUGCACUAUCUCGAGAAGAGCAGGCCAAGUACUAUGAACUGGCUCGCAAGGAAAGGCAGCUGCAUAUGCAGCUAUAUCCAGGCUGGUCAGCGCGGGAUAACUACGGAAAGAAGAAGAGGCGGUCAAGGGAAAAGCAUCAAGAAUCCACCACAGACCCUGGCUCGCCUAAGAAAUGUCGUGCUCGCUUUGGCCUCAACCAGCAGACGGAUUGGUGUGGUCCGUGCAGGAGGAAAAAGAAAUGCAUUCGGUACUUACCCGGAGAAGGCCGCUGCCCCAGCCCCGUUCCUUCCGAUGACAGUGCUCUAGGCUGUCCCAGGUCCCCAGCUCCCCAGGACUCACCCUCUUAUCUUCUGCUGCCCCACUUCCCCACAGAACUGCUUGCUAGCCCAGUGGAGCCAGCACCAACAUUCUCAGGUCACUCUGCAGCUGUCACUCUUCCAGCUCCUGAGUCCCCAAAGACCCUCCACAGCACCCUCCAGAAUACACAAGUACAGCAACAGGAACCUCAGAGGCAGGCAGCCUAGCACACACAGGACACCUGGCUUGCUCCAGGGGCCCACCCCUAACUCUUUCAAGAGGAGGCAACAACAAGACCAGAUCACGGAACUGGUUAGGGGUCCUCUCCAGGUGCUGAAGAUUUCAAAGGCUGCUUAAACUACUCCCAGAACUGGAGGCCAUCAAGGCAUGUGGUAGGGAUCACAUCUGUGCAGCUGUAUCGUCUCCUGAAGGGCAUCCUGGUACCUAUGGUAGCCAUACCUUUUCUUUUUGUCAUACCUUGCUAGCUGGAUGCCCCUACAGUUUUUUGGUUUGGUUUGGUUUUUUUGCUGCAGGUCAUAUGAGCUGGACUGGCGGAGUUCAGCUACCUUCUCUACAAAUGCCUGUCCUCUGCCACACCUUCUCCAUGCCAAUACUUCUUGGACCAAGAAUACCUGCUUUAUCACACAAGAUGAUUUUGUGGUUGGUCACCAGCCACAGAAGUCUAAACGCUUUUCUCUUAAGGAGCAGAGAAGCUCUGUUUACAAAGAACAGCUGCUGUUCAUAAGCUGGGCCAGAGGAAGCUUCUUACUGUCUUCCCAGGAGCUUGCAAGAGGAGGAAAUGGGAUAGAUAGGUUAGGUUUAAGGUCUUUCAGCCUAGGCAACAAAAUAAUAUCAACCCUACUUACUGGUGGACAGUACUCAGCUUUAAUUAGAAUGACUUGGAAAUCUUUCCUGAGAAACUCACCAGCCUUAGAAACUAUAGUCAAUAGAUUGAAGUUGGCUUAACUCCAGUGUGCACCCUUCCCAGUGCCAUUUCCAAGCUCAUCUAUGUCAGCUGAGUCACAGCUCCUGGGCAGCUGUGGGAGAGCAAAUCCCAAAUCCCCCAACCGCCAGAGCCCAUCUUUCAGCAUUUAGAACUGGCCAGCUUCAGUUUCUCUGUGGGGCUGCAGGAAGGAAGAGAUCUGUUACAACUAAAGCAAGGAGUCCAUAAAACCUCUUGUGGUGGGAAUGGUUCUUUGCCACAUUCUAGAAACCCUUUUUGAGCCAAACUUAACCCUGAGCCUUGAAAAACAAGUUUUUUUGUUUAACUUUUUUAAAAAUACUUUUCACUGUAUAUCGCCUGAAUCCAAAGAAAAGGGGCUACCAAUAUAUUCUACACACAUUAAAAAAAAAAAAAAAGCCUUAGUUCCUACUUUAACCACUGAUUUCUCAAUCCAAAGAUCAUGUUUCUAGUGUAGUGUGCUACAAGUGUUGAAAAGAUUGCUGGAAUGUGGUGGUUCACACCUCUAAUCCCAAUACUUGGGAGGUAAAGGCAGGUGGAUCUCUCUGAGUUCCAGGACAGCCAGGGUUGUAUAGAGAGAGCUUGUCCCAAAAAGGAGAAAAAACCUGAUGUAGUAUUCGAAAUAUUUUUGUAUUAAUGCAUUAUCAUAGAAAAACUUUUUUAAGCAAGAGAAUAAAGAUACUUUUUACUGGGUUUGUUUUUCAAAGCCUGACUGAGUAGUAAGCU